CUGUAAGUACCUAUCAAACGAUUUUAUUUAAGAGUCAGUGCGCCAGGUGUGUCGAAUGAAUAUAUUUUUAAGUAACUUUCAUCAAACGACUGGUGUAGUGAAUUGAUCUUGCUGAAGUGAGUUUUCUAUUUCAUAACAAUCGGCGCUAAUUUCGCGUAUCAUAGAAUACGAGCAAAGCAGUUUGCGUAAUGAGAUUUUGGAUUCGUACGUUUCAAUUUCACAAAUAACAAAAUAUGUCAGAGGUAGAAAUAUCUGAAAAAGAAAGAAGCUGGUUCAAUUGGACCAAAUACUCCGGUAGCAUGCUGCGGGCAAUUGAAAAAUCUAUUUUAUCACAUUUGAAACUUUCUUACCGGGGAAUGUUUGUUGAUAUUGGCCCGUGUGUUGGAGAGUCCGACAAAAUAUGGACAAUAGCUAUGAAUACUGAGGCUAAACGUACGCCGAUUCUCAUGCUUCAUGGACUGGGGGCUGGAGUUGCCCUUUGGAUUUUAAAUCUCGACCAGAUUGCAGAGCAUCGUCCUCUUUAUGCCAUUGAUAUUUUGGGGUUCGCCAGAAGUUCGAGACCAGAUUUCUCUGACGAUGCAUUAAUCGCUGAAAAACAACUAGUGAAAUCUAUAGACGUAUGGCGCAAAGAAGCAGGUUUGAAGGAAAUGAUCGUUCUUGGCCACUCAAUGGGCGGAUUUUUGGCUGCCAGCUAUGCUUUGUCCUACCCUGAACGUGUUAAACACUUAAUACUAGCUGAUCCAUGGGGAUUUCCAGAAAUGCCCACAGACGUUGAUAGUAGAUACAAAAUACCCUGGUGGGGAAAGCCAUUGGUUGCUGCUGCCAAAUCCUUGAAUCCUUUAUCGAUUUUGCGAUUUUUUGGUCCAAUGGGAUCCUGGAUGGUAGAAAAAAUGAGGCCAGAUAUAUUGAGAAAAUUCUCUAAUGUGGUAUCAAAUCGAGAUGAUAUUCCCAACUAUAUUCAUCAGUGCAACGCACAAAAACCGAGUGGUGAAAGCGCUUUCCAUAGCAUGAUGAAAAACUUGGGGUGGGCCAAAAAUCCCAUGAUCAAUCGGAUACAGGAUCUUAAACACAAUGUGCCUAUUACUUUUGUGUACGGUGAAAAAUCAUGGCUAGAUAAUACGGCUGGCGACAUAGUGAAGCAGCUGCGACACCAUGAAUAUGUUAAAGUGCAUUCUAUACCUAAUGCUGGUCAUCAUGUGUACGCGGAUGAUGCCAAAAUGUUUAAUAAAAUAGUCAAUGAAGCGUGUGCCAUAUGUGACACAGAUCAACAAACAAUAACAGAAAAAGCCAAGAAAACAUUUUCCUUGUGACCAAGGUAAAUCAAAACGAUAGAAGUUAGAUGGUGAUUUUUGUAUAGUUUAUAGCUAAUUUUGAUUAUUAUUGUAAUACAACUUUUAAGAUGUACAUAUCAAUAAUAAAGAGCGUAAAAUCUAA